AUGGGCCGGCUGACGGUGGCUGUAUUCCUGGUGCUAUUCGCCGUCGUCGUCACAGCAAAGCGCCACCCAGCGCUGCCUACAUUUUUGUUGGGGAGGCCGAGUGGCGGGUUUAUGCGCGAUGGAUACCGGCAUUUCUCCGGUGACUAUGAACCCGAAAAAACGCUAGACGACUACCCGGGUCUCCAACGAUUGAAUUUCACCCAAAAACUUGACCACACCAAAGAUGAUGGCUUGACAUUCCAACAGCGAUAUUGGUAUAACCCUAACUUUACGCAGAAGAAAAAUAUCAUCUUUUUACUGCUGCAAGGAGAAUCGAUUGCCACAGACACCUGGGCUGGGAAUCCGGGCUACACCUAUUUACGGCUAGCAGAAAUUUAUGGAGCUGAUGCUUUCCAACUGGAACAUCGUUGUUUUGGAUAUUCGAGGCCUUAUCCCGAUUUAACCACGGAACAUCUAAAAAUUUGCACAAUGAGCCAAGCCAUCGAAGACAUUGCGGAUUUUAUUAAAGGAAUGAACGAUCAAUACGGCUUUGUGAAGCCGAAAUGGGUCACUUUCGGAGGCUCGUAUCCAGGAACGCUAAAUGCACUCUUCCGUGCGAAAUACCCGGACCUAACUGUCGGUGCAAUUGCCAGCUCGGCACCGCUUUAUUUGAAGCUUGAUUUCUACGAGUAUGCACAAGUCGUGGAAAAUGGCCUGCGUACCACAGACCCAAGCUGCGCGCAGGCUGUUGAUUCAGCUUUCAAGAAAAUGCAGCAGCUUUCGUUGUCAAAUGAGGGUCGGCGACAAUUGAAUGGAUAUUUCAACCUACAACCCCCAUUCCAAGACGAUAAGACCACCCAGCUAGACAUUGACAACUUUUUCGCAAACCUGUAUUCGGUGUUCCAAGGCGUAACUCAAUACACCUAUGAUGGCCGGAACAACAUGACAAUUAAUGGGCUGGGAUUGAAGGAGCUGUGCAAACAGAUGACCAAAGAACAAUUUGAUGUGAUCACCCGAGUCAAUAAUACCGUCAACUGGGUCAACUCGUAUUAUGGAGGAGCCAUGCCGUUCCCCAAUUCGUAUAGCGAUAUGAUGUCGGCGCUGUCGAAUACAACUUUUGACGAUGAGGACCCGUUCCAGGAUAAUGCGGCCAAUCGCGGAUGGAUGUGGUUGAGCUGCAAUGAGCUUGGUUUCCUUCAAACUACAGAUCAAGGCAGGAAUGUCUUCCAACAGACUGUUCCGCUGAACUAUUUUAUCGAUAUGUGCACGGGGAUGUUUGGUGAUGAAGUGAAUAUCAAAUACAUCCGGGACCAUAACCUGGCUGCACAAAAUCGAUGGAAGGGCGCUGAUGGAUAUCAGGCUACCAAUAUCGUGCUACCCAAUGGCUCCUACGAUCCAUGGCAUGCACUUGGCCGCAUCGACCGCCCAGUCGAUGAUGCCCAUCUGGUCCCGAUUUUAAUCAAUGGGACUGCCCAUUGUGCCGAUAUGUACCCAAUCUAUGCCGGAGAGCCAACGGGCCUCAGGAAUGCUCGUCUGGUGAUCGAGAAAGAGUUGAAAUAUUAUUUGGGUGUGAUU